AUGGAGGGGCCCCGGGUGAAGGGCGCAGAGGCUGCCCUCAGCGGUGCCAGCAAGGAGGAGGCUGCCAUGGACACUUACCUGAAGUCUAAGGGGCUGUACAGGAAGAAGAUCGCUAAGGACGGCUCCUGUCUGUUCCGGGCAGUGGCUGAGCAGGUUUUGAACUCUCAGGCACGGCAUUUGGAAGUCAGGAAAUCCUGUAUAAAGUACCUGCGUGAGAAUAGGACCCACUUCGAAGCUUUUAUUGAAGGCUGUUUUGACGAAUAUUUGAAACGUCUAGAAAAUCCACAGGAAUGGGUUGGCCAAGUGGAAAUAAGUGCCCUUUCUCUAAUGUUCAAAAAAGAAUUUGUAAUUUACCAAGAGCCGGAUGUCGCUCCUUCUCAUGUCACUGAUAACGGCUUCACUGAAGAGAUAAUGCUGUGUUUUUCUAAUGGAAAUCAUUAUGACAUCAUUUACCCUUCUGGAUAUGCUGAAAAUGCUGCGUUGUGCCAAUCUAUAAUUUAUGAGUUGCUUUAUGAAAAAGUGUUUGGGGUCAGCGUGACAAAAAAUAUGUUGAAAACAGAAGCAUUUGACUGGAAAGCUGAGGUCUUUGAUAGUGAUGCUUCAGGAUCUGAUGGAGAAGAUGAUGCAGCUGGAGAAAAUAAUUUUGUUGGUGUGAAUGGAUUUAAAUCUCACAAGGAUGGAAAGCCUCCACAGAUGAAGGAAAGUCAUUCAAUGGUGUCAACAGCUGCCCUUCGAUCAAUUAAUCCAGCAAUUUUCAGAAAUGUGGAGUAUGAGGUCUGGAUGAAGUCACAAAGGGAUCAGCAACGGAUGGAUUUCUCCAUUGCUGCUGGCAUGCAGUAUUCUGUGGGAGACAAAUGCAAAGUUCGAUUGGAGUAUGGAGGCACUUUUUAUAAUGCUCACAUCCAAGAAGUUGUUGCCGAGAAUGGACCAGCUGUGGUUUUUGUGGAAGACCUGGGUGAAAAAAAAGUUGUUUCACUGAAAAACCUUAAACCAGUCCCACUGACUGUCAGCAAUAAUGAUGGCUGGAGCACUGUUGCUGGGAAGAAGAUAAAAAAGUCUACUGUGAGUGGCCCGGUGGUACAGUUCGAGAAGGAUAACAGAGGACAGAAGAGUUUAGUUAAACCGCAUAAGAUGCAAUCUGUACCUUCUCCGCGCCUGCAACAAGCUUCUGGAAGCAAGCAGCAUGGACUUCCUGCAGAUCAGACUUUCCUGAGUGAGAAUAAAGGACAGAACAAGGCUCCAAAAGUGCUUGGAAGAAAGAUUGAUCGAGAAAGAAGUGAGGAGUCAAGCUUCCAUCAAAGGGAGAGAGUCCACUUUGGCCUUACUCCAGAAGAACGCAGAGAGAAACAAGUCAUUGAGGAGUCCAAGUCUUUGUAUGAAAUGCAGAACAGGGAUACAGAAGCAUUUCCAACCCUUGCUGCUUCCUUAGUUGAUGCCACUGGUACAAGUUCUGAUGUGAAAAAGAACAUGACGGUAAAUCGAGAGAAGAGUGCCAGGAGAAAGUCAGAAGAUGACCAGAAGACAAAAGCUUCCAAACUGGCUCAACCUGCAAGAGUGGAUGAUCAGAAAACAAGUGAGGAAACAAAAAAGCCACCUGCUACCUCUGAUGAAGCUGUCGUCAUACCUGAUGUCAUACCUGAUGUCACUGUUCUUCCUACCCCUGCUGAACAGCAGACACCCACCACAGUGCCUUCUCAACCCCAAGUAGUGACACCUUGGUCAGGUAUUUCGGCACAGGCAGCAGCUUGUGCAGAAACCGUGCCCGACUCUGCUGUGUUACAACCUCAGGUGACAUCAACCUUCUCACCACUUCCAGUUUCAAUGCCAGCAGUCAGCCAGCACAUACUGCCAAUGCCUCAGACCCUAAGUCCUUACCAAGAUCCUCUAUAUCCCGGAUUCCCUGUGAAUGAAAAGGGGGAGAGAAUUACCUCUCCACCUCCCUAUUCCUACUGUAAAGAUGGAGGUGAUCUUCCUAGUGAUAAAAGCAUCCUUCAUUUCUUCUACAAUCUUGGCAUUAAGGCUUACACGUGUCCAAUGUGGCCCCCGCACUUAUAUUUGCAUCCUCUUCAUCAAGCCUACUUAAAUGUGUGCAGGAUAUAUCCAAAUAUUCCUGUUUACCCUCAAAACAGUUGGAUGCAGGACACCACUGUAAACCAAAAUGAACCUGACCCUUCACUGUUUGUACACCAGAAUGAAGUGAGAAAUGAGGUUUUGCAGCCGGAUACUUUAUGCUCUUCAUCGCCUCUUACACCAUCUGUGCAAACUCCUGUAGCAGGACAAGUUCCAUCCCAGACUAAUGAAUUGGAGGAUACACAGCAGUUCCAGCCCAGUGUAAAUGACUUUGAAAGCUCACAGGCAAGCAAGACAAUAUUCCCACAACCUCACUUUGGGCAAGGCUCCUACAUGGGACAUCUUCCAGUAGCUCAAGUUUUUCCGCAAGUGUGGUAUGGAUAUCCAUAUCAAGGUUACAUUGAGAACCCAGUGGUGCAACAUAAUGUUUUUAUUACCCCUCAGAGUGCAAAUGUGCCUGAAAACACUUUGUCUGUUGAUGUUGCUGAAAGUGGCUCAGUUGAAGUAGCUAUAAAUCAGCCCCAAGAGCUAAUGAAUGAAAGCAGACCAGAUCGGCCUUCGUUUGUUAAUUUUGUUGCUACAGAGGAGUCUGGAUUAAACGCCAUUCCGGUUAAACCAGGACAGCAAAUCAUUUUAGAUAGGCCUGUGAUGGUUGAUCCAAAGAGCCUUAUAGAAAAAGUGCCUGAGAUCCAGGUGUCUCCAUCAGUUGUAACUAAAGCCCCAGAGGAAAGGAAGUCCAACGAUCACAAAGUUGAUCAGUUAACCACAGUGACUGCAUCUGUAAACUCACCUGAUGACAGACCAACGAGAGCAAAAGAGGAGAGCUCAGAGGAUGAGAAGGAAGUAUCUAAUAUAUUGAGUGGCGGCAGAUCAAAGAACUUCUACAACCAGUCAUAUGGAGGCAGGAGGUUCAGAAAUGAAAAAUUUCAUCAACCCAACAGAGGUGGCUACCAGUAUUCUAGAAAUGAGGAUAACUGGAGGGGAGCAAGAGGCAGAGAAGAUGGCUAUCCACAUUACAGAAAUUACAGGGGAAGGCUGAAUCGCAGGCGGCCAAUGGGAGAUCCAUAUAGGCAAUACCACGAAUAG